CCGGCGCUCAGUCCGACUAGGGAUGCCGAGGCGAGCGGCCGCGUCGCUGUCCGUCGAGACCCUCUCACCCCCUCUCUAGCGAUUGCGAAGUGCGCUAACUUUAAAAUGUCCCGCAACUCCCGAAUGUUGUUACCAGUGAACCGCAAGCUUGAAAGUGACUGAUGAAGUUGAACGAAAAUUACAGUUACGUAUAAACGAACAAACGUUACCAAACUUUGGAUUUCGAUUGAAUUGUAGUGAUUUUUGAGAUGUGAUUAAUUAAUAAGUAGCUAUUCUGAUGGUGUUGGGGCAUGGAUGCGCGCGAUGGGCGCUGCAGUGGGUGGCGCUGGCGGCGUGCGCGCUGGCGGGGGCGCAGGCGCCGGAGCGCGUGGAGCCCUGCGCCACCAGCCCGCUGUGCUCCUGCCGCGUGGCGCACAUGUCCUGCAUCGCUGUGCCUCUGCACAGGUUCCCAGAAUGGCCCCGAAUAGAGCUGCAACAUCUAGAUAUAAGCAUGUCUAACCUAGAAGUGCUGACAGAGAGCGCACUGGAUGGAUUGAAAUUGCAAACAUUAGUUUUAGUCGCUAACAAAUUACAUUACAUCGAGAUGCACGCAUUUAGUUCCAUGGCGGGUACACUAGCAUCUUUAGACCUCGGUUACAACGAAUUCACUGAAAUACCGCAGCAGGGCUUAAAAGAUUUAAAAGUUUUAAACUGGUUGAAUCUGCAGAACAACAAUAUUGUGUACAUAGGACCUGAUGUAAAAUGGCAUCAUUUGGAAGAAACGCUGACGAGUUUGUCACUGAGUAAUAACCAAGUGACGCACUUGAAGUCCCAGGCACUGACGUCGCUGUACCACCUGCUGCAGCUGGACUUGGAAGGCAACCACCUCCGCACCAUCAGCGCCGACUCCCUGCCCGCUUCCCUCACACUCCUGAAGCUAUCCAACAACUUUAUCCAUGAACUAUCCUGUGAUUUACUUUUUAGUCUGCCUAGGUUACAAUCUGUACAUUUACGACAUAAUUUUAUAACUUUCUCAGACAAUUAUCUUUGUCCAGCUAAUAAGAGUAAAAAGAUUGAAAAGUUAGAUUUGAGUAAUAACAAACUUAAUGAUACUUCCCAAAUACUUGUACUUCGGGAUGUUCAAAUUAGGCAAAUUAUAUUAGAUCUUAACGAAUUAACAACGAUUCCAAAGUUGAUUUUCACAAAUAAUAGACUAGAAAGGUUGUCUGUAUCGUACAACAUGUUGAGUUCUAUCAGCCGAGAUCUAUUCCUGUCACUGAGGAACUCGCUAGAGCACCUGGAGGUCGAGCACAACAGACUGUCGCACUUGCCGGACAGCCUGGCGCAGCUCGUGCGACUCCGCCAUUUAUCACUGGCUUACAACCAGUUGGAGGAGUCGCCCGCGCUCCCCAGUCGGAUUCAGACGCUAUCGCUCGCCGGCAACUUUUUAACUUCAAUACCCUCCGCACUUCAAACGCUCGAAGCCGGUUCUAUUCGCUAUCUCGACUUAAGCUACAACAGGAUAUCUAAUUUGUUACCAAACGAAUUUCUAGACUGGUCCACUUCUCUUGGGAACAUCAACUUGAGAGGUAACAGGAUUGCACAGAUUUAUAAGAACGUUUUUCCGGCGAGUAUGUCAUUGAAAGAGAUACAUCUAAGUUUUAACGACUUGUACUACGUGCAUCCACAAUCUUUCGCGAACGUGACUAGAUCGCUCCGUGUCCUAGAAUCGUCUUCUACGCUUUUUAGUGGCUACUUCCCGUUCGAGAUCGAAGAGGGCUUAGAGAAUAUCAGCUGGCUAUCGUUCGAUAACAACGACUUUCACAUCCUAAAACUUUCAGAUGUGGUUGUGUUUCCAUUUCUAAAAUAUUUAAAUUUAGAUUACAAUAGAAUCGUUGAUAUUGUCAUAACUGAGGACUAUCAUAACGAGUCACUAUACCUAAGCAACUUGAGACUCGCCUACAAUUUUUUGCAUUCACUGCACAGCAGAAGUUUUAUAUACAUGCCGGAGUUAAGAAACUUGGAUUUAUCUUAUAACAGAAUCAACAACUUAACUAAGCACACUUUCACAAACUUACCAAACUUGAGAUAUUUAUCUCUUGCGGGUAACAUAAUCGAUUCGAUGGAAGCCGAGACGUUUGCUAAUUUACCAAAACUGCAAAUAUUGGAGCUCCAGGGAAAUAACUUUACGUAUUUAUCACUGAACGCGUUUCAUAACGUUUCUAAUGUAGACAUAACGUUCACGCUAAAUGUUAGCAGAAACCACAUUAAGUUUGUGGAUGGCGAAUCCGCAAUAUCGGUUAACAUAUUCGACGGCUCAUAUAAUGAUCUGUAUGAAGUGCCAAAUAACUUUUUUGUUGCGGUCGCGCCCUCCAUACGACAGAUUAUAUUAGCCCAUAAUAAAAUCAUACAUGUAUCAAAUGAAGCGUUCGGUGAUGCAAAAUACUUAGAAAUACUCGAUUUGCACAAGAAUAAUAUCAAUAACAUUAAGAGAAAGUCGUUCACAGAUCUAAUUUCUCUUCAAAUAUUAGAUUUGUCUUUCAAUGUUAUCUCCCAAUUAUCAGUGGAACAGUUCUAUAAUUUGAACAAACUUAGAUAUUUGAAAUUGGACCAUAAUAAUUUGCGUCUGCUGCCUCGAGACGUGUUUAAGAACACGAUCGUGGAGCACCUGGACCUGAGCUACAACGACAUGUCGCUGUUCCCGGGGACGGCGCUCUCGCAGAUCGGCUUCACGCUGCGCUACCUCGACAUGUCUCACAACCGCAUCGAGUAUUUAGACAGCAAUAUAUUCCGCACCACACAAUUCCUCUUGAGUCUUAAUUUAGGUCACAAUCUAUUGACAGUACUAUCAGAUAACACGUUCUCCAGCCUCGGCGGACUGCGCCAACUGGACCUCAGCUUUAACUCUAUAAAGGCAAACUUUAAGGAACUGUUUCAUAACCUUCCCAACUUGAGGCAUUUGAAUCUUGCAAAUGUAAGCUUAAAGUCAGUGCCUUAUCUACCUUUGACAAACUUAACUAGCCUCAAUUUGACUUCAAAUUACAUUAACAGUUUUAAAGAGACUGAUGUGAAGCGACUAGCGAGUCUUCGUCAUCUAGACCUUAGUAAUAAUCGUCUUACCUCUUUAGUGCCAAAGAUGUGGUUUCAUUUUAAUAAUUUGAACGUUCUUGAUUUAUCGUACAACCCUAUUGUAAGAAUCACGUCAAAUAGUUUCAAAUGGUUGAGCAAUUUAUCUCAUUUGAAUUUAAAUGGACUUAGAUACUUAGACAUAGUUGACCAGGAUUCCUUCCGUCCCUUGAUAUCGCUUCGGUCACUGCAUAUUCAGUCGUGGUCAACUAUAAAUCAUUCCACGUUCCGAAUUUCCAACAUCACUUCUUCCUUAUCCACCCUGUACAAAUUAGUAAUACACUGGACUGAUGAAAUCAUGGAUAAUCAAUUACAUGGGAUCGAUGCGAGGAACAUUCGCUACUUAGAAAUCAGAGGAACAAAUCUUAAAAGAAUAUCGGACGAUGCUUUUCAAUCGUUCGCCAACAGCCAAGAGAUAUUUAUCAGGAUCACAAUGACUUCCUUAACUAAAUUGCCGACAGCAUUCAUGAGGCAUUUGGGACAAGUUCCACAACUCGGGAUCGACUUGAGCUACAAUCAACUUACGACACUUAAUCCAGCAAUUUUCUAUCCAAAUUUCACCAGUUGGAGCCACGUAGCCACAAAGUUAUUGUCAGGAGGGCUGAUACUGACGGGUAACCCGCUGCGGUGCGAGUGCGAGCUGGCCUGGGUGGGCGCGUGGCUGCGGCGCUGGCUGCAGGAGAACGAGGCGGGCGCGGAGCUGCGGCGCGCCGUGCGCAGCGGCACGUGCAAGGACGCGGCGGGCCGGCGCGUGCCGCUGCUGCAGCUGCGCGCCGACGAGGCGGAGUGCCACGCCAGCGCGCUCUCCAGCGACGCCACGCCGCGCCGCACCGGCCUCGCGCACACGCUCGCGCUUGCGCUCACUACCAUCCUGCUCAGAUGAUGACC